ACUCCCCGCUGAGCCCCGCAGGCAACCAGGUGUGAAGCGGUCGCCUCUCCUGGCUCCGCCUCCAAGUCUGCUGAGGGUGACUCUGGGGCCCCCAUGCCACCUGACACAUGCCGACCAGCUGGGCACUGUGGGCAGCGCCCCCCGCUGACCCUGGUACCUGCCCACAGACCAUGAACGAGUUUGAGUACCUGAAGCUGCUGGGCAAGGGCACUUUCGGGAAGGUGAUCCUGGUGAAGGAGAAGGCAACGGGCCGCUACUACGCCAUGAAGAUCCUGAAGAAGGAGGUCAUCGUGGCCAAGGACGAGGUGGCCCACACACUCACCGAGAACCGUGUUCUGCAGAACUCCAGGCACCCCUUCCUCACGGUGAGUGGGAGCCCAGAUGGGGCUGAAGGGUUGGGGUCGGGUGGCGACUCCUGGGGCUGUCUCUAGGGAACGAUGUCCUGUCUUCUUGGGCACGUGAGGACUUUACGCACCGCGGAUUCUGCCACUGGUGACAGGCCUGCCCUGGAGGGUCAGGCUGUGGAGGUGCCCGAUGUGGGCUGGGGGCUGUGCUCGCCGCUCCUGUGUGUGGGCAGGUGGGGCAGGUGGCCCUGGUC